AUGGAGAUCGUUUUGUCUCCUGUGGUUAUCCUGCAAGUUAAUCAGCUACUGGAGACUAAAAAAGCGUUCGAAAGUGCUAUCAGUGAGCCUUUUGGUCUUUUAUUAUUUGGUGAAGUCUCACAGUCCGAUGUGCUCAUACAACAUGGAUUAGAAUUACCAUUAUUUGAUGAAAAUCACACACUAAACUAUCAUUCAGAAGUACUGAACAAACGGAUCGAGCUCUUGCACUCUGUGUUCCCACAUUUACAGCCAUUGGGCAUUAUUUUCCUCGGUGAGAGUUUCUACCCAUGCAGCUUCAACAAGAUUCUUGAUGCAUUGACGAAAGAGGUUGUAACCUUGAAAUGCUUCCUGAUAUAUACCCUUCAAGGUAACAAGCUAGAUAUUCGCUGCCAUCAAAUUGACGGGCCUCGAAAUCAGUUACCACUACGGUUGCCAAACAAUGAUACCUUACUGGCUGCCAUUGACGGCUCAAAACAAUAUACACUUAGGAAUGAGGACAAGAACGAUAAUGAGAAACAAAAAGAGUUCAACGAGAAGCUUAUCUCUAGAAUCAACACCAUCAUUGACUACCUGGAGAAAGGCCAGGUUACUGACUCAAUUUUGAGAAAAGUAGACCUAUUAGUUUUACAAUUGAAAAAAGCUCCCACGAACGACAUCCAACAACAAGUUUUGGAGAAAGAAAUGCAGUUGCAGGUACUGAACAUUAUAUGCAACCAAUGGGAAGCAGGGCAGACACUUAGCAGAAAUGUGCCAUAA